AUGAUGCCCGAUCGUCGCGAAGAAGAAUUGCGAAGGCGAGAGGAGGAAGAAAAGCGGGCACGCGAGGAGGAGGCUGCGGCAACUGUCGCGUCCCUUCGCUUCAAUCCAACCGGCCUGCAAGGCCUCAGCGAUGCCCUAAAUCGAUCCCUCAGUCCCACUUCGAUACACGCAUCACGACUUGCCGCCGCCGACAUAGCCUUCUUCGUCGCCAAUGCUCACCACGAACGCUCUGCACUGCCUGCCGGCGACUUCCACCCUAUGUUCCACGAAGCUCGCGAACUCACGGGCACUGGUCUCGUUGGCCGGCAGGUUCGAGCGAAAUUUCGAGACAACAUCAUGAACUUAGCAUUCGACGCACUGACGGCGUUGGACCGCGUUGACGGCGGGUGCACGGUGGCUGUACGUGUGUCGGGCUCUCAGUCUCCAGGGACUCGUACGCCGGGAACCGUUCCACUCCCUCAAGAUCUUCCUUUCCACGUCUAUGCGUUUCCGCCUAUCUUAGCUGAGAUUCCGACGGCAAAAGCGGGGCUGGCGAGGAUGGUGCAGAUGUUCGCAGAGGAGAUUGGUGUCUACGCCGUGCAGCGCUUCGAGAACAUGGCCAAGGAAAGGCUCAAGUGGAACUUCAACAAGAUGAAUGAUGAGCCCGCUGCAUCUCGACCCCCGACUCAACAUUUUCACCGUGCCCGGGCACCCUUGAUCCCCAACUCUCAGGGUACCACCCACUUCGUGUUCCACGGCCGACCGCGAGGAGAGUUGGACGCGAUGCUUGCCGACGUGCGUGAAGCACCUUCUUCUCAACAGCGGCAAGCCGAGUUGGAGGAGGAGAUCGAGGUUUUGCGUCGACAGGCCGAGGACUACGAGGUGAUGAUUGAUGGUCUGGAUGUCGACCUUGCCAACGAAAAGGACAAGGUCACUGCGCUGACGGCUCAGCUCGCUGAACGGGUUCGCGAGCAGGACACCUUGGUCAAGGCCCAGAGCGAGGCACUUGGCCGGGUCCAGGCGGAGAAGGCCACGGUACUUGAGGCACACGAGAAGGUGCUCAAAGUCGUCAUGAAGCAGAAGGAGACGAUCCGCCAGUUGAAGUUACAGUUGACGACGAACGCAGCCGUUCAGACAUCGCCCGGCCUCUCGCAGUCUGAACCACCUCCGCCGCCGCCCACGCCUGCUCGGCCGAGCACACCGUCUGGUGUUCGCUCCGUCUUGUAUGGUGCGGCGUCGGCUCAUACGUUGCGGUCCAAGUAUGCUCGCGGAUUCGGCAUCAAGGUUCAGCAGGUCGUCGAGAAGCAUCAGCUCGACUACCUCACUCACAACGUCUGCGAGGCUGUCGCAAGCUCGUAUGCUGCGAUCAUCUGGAUACCCGAGCUUCAAGGGCGCCUCGCGGUGUCCGAGGCCAUUGCCAUGGAUCUCAAGGAGGCUAUGGAGGCGGAUCUGUGCAUUUACGAUUAA